AUGCACUCUUUCGCUUUCAUCACAUCCCUCCUCUCUCUUACUCUUCUCUUCUUCUCCCUCUUCCCUACCUCCGCACACGCAGCAACAGCUGAACAAUGGCGUUCGCGUUCUAUCUACCAAAUAAUAACAGACCGCUUCGCUCUUCCCGACCCCUCCUCCCCCAACCUCCUCACCGUCCCCAACCCCAACUGCAAUCCUGGCGACCAAACCUGGUGCGGCGGGACAUGGCAAUCGAUCAUCUCCAACCUGGACUAUAUCCAGGGUAUGGGCUUCACGGCCAUCUGGAUAUCGCCCGUGAGCGAGAACUAUGAUGGACCAAGGACACCGUAUGGGGAUGCGUACCAUGGGUAUUGGAGUCAGAACGUGACUGCACUCAACCCGCGUAUGGGAACACCAGACGACCUCAAAGCUCUCUCCAACGCCCUCCACGCACGGGGCAUGUACCUCAUGGUCGACAUCGUCGCUAACAACGUCAUAACCCUGAACUACACCGACCCUGACCUAUCCAAGUUUGCCUUCACAUCAACGGAUAUGUACCACCCUUACUGCCCGAUCGACUUCUCCAACCAGACGAGCAUCGAGCAUUGCUGGCUGGGAGACACGGUCGUCGCGCUCAUGGACGUAAACACAGAGAAUCAGGACGUGAUCAACAUCUACAACACCUGGAUCGCCUCCCUCGUCCAGGAGUACCAGAUCGACGGGCUCCGAAUCGACGCUGCCAAGCAUGUGCGCAAGGAUUUCUGGCCCGGGUUCUGUUCUGCCGCAGGCGUGUUCUGUAUGGGCGAAGUGUUUGGCGGCGACGUCCCGUACAACGCGGGGUAUCAAGGCCCUGGAGCACUUGCAUCGGUACUCGAUUAUCCUAUUUAUGAUUAUCUCGUCUCGGCAUUCACCAUCCCCGGGCCGGGGAACAUCUCCGGGCUCGUUGAUGGCCUGCACCAGGGUCAAGAGCUGUACCAAGACAUGUCCGUCCUCGGCACGUUCCUCGAGAACCAGGACAACCCGCGCUGGGCAAACCUCUCCGUCGACCCCCAAUCUCUGUGGAACGCCAUGGUCUGGCAGUUCCUAGCCGGAGGCAUCCCGAUCGUCUACUACGGGCAGGAACAAGGGCUGCGGGGGAACGCCGAUCCGUACAACCGCGAGCCGCUCUGGCCCACAGGGUACGCCAAUACCACCACCUACCAGAUUACGGCUACCCUGAACCAGCUACGCAAUUUCCUCAUCGCGAACGCGCCUGAUUUUCUGACGUCUAACGUUACUGUCCUCGGUACGUCCAGUAACGAAGUCGCGAUCGCUCGUGGGCCUCUGGUAGCGGUGAUGACCAACCGCGGAUCUCCACCCGUGAACGCCACGAUGGGGAUAUUCAACACCGGGUUCAUGGCCGGCCAGCCGCUGACCGAGAUCCUCUACUGCAAACAAGUGACCUCAGGCUCAGAAGGGACGUUGUUGGUAGAUUAUUCCUCCGGAGGACAUGCGAGCAUCUUCAUGCGGACUAAUGACCUGAGGGGGAGCGGGCUUUGUGGGCAGUAUACGGACGUGAACCCGGAUAUGAACGGGCUUAGCGCCGCUAGUGCUGCGCGGGCGGUGCGGGUGCGCCUGGGGGGGUGGGUGAUGAUGGCGGGGUUGAUCCUGGCGGGGCUCGUUUUCCUCUCAUAG